AAAAAAAAAAUUUUAAUGUGCGGAAGUAUAUUCGUAGUAAGGUUAUAAAUAUAUUAUAUCAAAUACUGUAUAUGCUAAGUGUAGCCAGCUUUCUUGCAAAUCCUUUUCACUGUAAUUUAUAUUUGGAGCAUAUGACUGCUUGUUUCUUUCCUAUUCGAGUCUUUGUUUCCAUAUUUCCCUCUAUUAGUAUUAUUGACAACAAAAACUAAUAAACAUUUUUGGGUUUGGUCUGUAUAGGAGAUUAACAAUCCUAGCAGAGAGUUAUGUUUGAAUCUCUCCAUAUACAUGUCAACCAAGAUGAUAAUGGCAGUAAGAAGGCAAACGACAUGGCGAAUCGCUUUGAUAAUAAGGUUGCGAUUCCGGAACGCAUAGUCCUCAUUGCGAACUUCAUCUUGGAGCUUCCAUCAGCUGUUUUUGACCAGUUAUCUUCUGCGCGUAAGCCCCAAUAUGCAUUACUUAGCAUGUUAAUUUCUUUCACAGUCUUGAUCAUUUCAAUCAUUGAUCUUGCUUACAAGGGUAGAAAAGAAAGAGUUAAAUUGAUGAAGAGAGGGUUAAUACCUUGGUUUUAUUUCCCAUAUCCUAAUUCAAAGCCUUUUGGAACAUUUCCUGAUAUUACAGGAUUAGUUUGUUCUAUCUUUCAAUACAUUUUUGCAACAAUAACAUAUGCCUUGUUGUCUAGGCAUUCUGAUAAUCCUAUCAAAGUGUCUAUUUGGCCUAUAAUUUUUGCCUUUUGUCUAUUAUAUUCUAGACUUUCUGGAAAUUAUUUUGCACAAAGGAAACUGAAUCCAACCCCACUUGUAAAGAGGUUGAGUAGAACAGAGGAAUUUACUUUACUUGAGCUUCUUAUUGCCACCAAUGAUUUCUCAUUACAUAACAAGGUUGGAGAAGGGUCUACUUUUAAUGUUUAUAAGGGAAAAUUAUCAGAUGGUCGUGAAGUGGCAAUCAAGAGAGAACACAUAAAUCAACAGAGGAACAAUUUUGGAGAGGAGCCAAGCACUUUUGAAUCUGAGUUGGCAUUCUUGUCCAGGCUUCAUCACAAACAUUUGGCUAGGCUUUUUGGAUACUGUGAAGAGAAGAAAGAAAGGUUUUUAGUUUAUGAGUACUUGAAAAAUGGAUCUAUAUAUAACCAUUUGCAUAACAAAAACAACAUUGAGAAGAAUAGUAUUGUGCUCAGGUCAUGGAAAAUGAGGAUCAAGAUUGCAUUAGAAGCUGCUAGAGGGAUUGAAUAUCUGCACAAUUAUGCAGUCCCACCGAUAAUUCAUAGAAACAUCAAGUCUUCUAACAUUUACCUUGACGGGAACUGCACGGUAAGAGUUUCUGAUUUUGGAUUUUCAGUGUGUCCUGAAACUGGAUGCUUUAACAGACUAAAGCACGCAGCAGGAAUGGUGGGAUAUACUGAUCCUGAGUCCUACAGUAGUCAAAAUGUAUUAACUGCAGAAAGUGAUGUAUAUUCUCUUGGCGUGGUGUUACUAGAACUUUUAACAGGCAAGAAACCUAUUUUUGAGGAUGAUGAUGACAAUGGAGAUAUACCAAGAAGUCUAGUAGAUUUUGUAGUGCCUAAAAUUUUGGCUAAUGAAAUACUCAAAGUUUUGGAUCAAAGGAUGUGUCCACCAGAAUCUGCCAAUGAAGUAGAGGCAGUGGAAAAGAUGGCAUAUACUGCACUUCAUUGUGUAAAUUCAGAAGGAAACAGCAGGCCAAAAAUAACAAGCGUUGUAACUAAUCUGGAGCAAGCUUUGUCCCUAAGUCAUAGUAGUACGGAGGAUUAUCGAAGCUGGGAAGGUGAAGGACAGCAGAGUGGUAGAUCCGAAGAGAUAAAGCUAAAGCUACCAGACAAUUAAAUUAGAAGUUUCAGGAAGUCAAUAGAGCUUGUGGAUGGGAAGAGGUUUUUGUAACUGAAUGUGCAAAAUUUCUAAUUUCAUUGGGAAGUUUCUACUUCUUUUACUUUA